AUGGCUUCUGUGUGUCAAGCCGACAAGACCAGUCAAGGCCAAGCAAGUGUACGUGGUGGCCAGGACGCGACUGCUUCGUCCAGGGAACAGCAGCAACGCCAGCAUGCUGAAGACGGCGAAAAUGUGGCACAUCAACAACCCGAUAACCGCAUGGCGGCAGCCAUGAAGAGAGGAGGCAUCAUGGGCUGGGGAUCCUACUUGACGUUCGCCUGGGCAGGGUCUUUCCUCAAGCUCGGCUCCACUGUCACCCUCAAGGAGGAGCACCUUGAAGGAAUCUACGACAAGCACGAGAGCCGACAUCUCUAUGACAUGCUCCGCCGCAACUGGGAAUGGGAGAGGGCCAGGAUGGGCGAAGACAGCGAGCACAGCCGCGGCAGGCGCAAGGGCACCACCCUCCUGAGGGCUCUGGUGGCCACGUUCAAGUGGCGACUGACGCUAACAGCGUUGCUCAUGAUCGGGGAUAGCAUUUGUCGCAUCAUUCAGGUGUGGGGCAAGCAGGGGCGGAAUGGGGGGUCUAGCAGCGGGGUGGAUGUCGUUGCGGCUGGGUGCCAAACAGGAGAUGGUGGAACGAGGUGGGGAUCCUAG